AUGAGUGUAAACACCGGCGAUGAAUACAUCAGUCUGGUGGAUCUAGUGGAGACAGAUAUGAGGUUUCGGACCUUGAAAGAAGAACUGGCACAGUACGAGCCAAAUUCCACGGAAUAUCUUGCAGGCCUCAUGAAAGCAAUGCCGUUAACACAACACACUAAUUAUCGCCAGUUUUUGAAACAACAGGGGGUGCCCGUGCCGGGAUCCGAGCUGAAACCGGGGUUCAGCCCCAUGUAUCGCAGCUCGCUCAGUCCAGAUCAUCUGGUCUCUAGCAUUCAUCCACAGCUGGCCACGUUUUUCGGACUUUUCGAAUUCGCAGUGCAGCGUUUCCCGCAAAACGACUGCCUGGGCCAGCGUGUACGACUCGACGGGUCUGGCAAGCUGAGCCAGCACUACGUGUUUGAAUCGUACCAGGAAAUCCAAAAGCGCAGCCGCAAUCUCGGAAGCGGCGUCAUGACGCUGGUCAACUUGAAACGUCAGCGCAAGUUUCAUUUUAACGAUUUCAUCGUCAGUUUUUUGUCCUCCAAUCGCAAGGAGUGGAUCAUCGCCGAUUUGGCCUGCCAGUCGUACUCGCUGGCCAACACUGCGCUUUACGAGACUCUGGGGAUCGACACAUCCCAGUACAUCCUCAACAUCACCGAAAGCCCGGUUCUCAUCUUGUCAAAGGUCAACCUGUACAAGGUCUUGGAGAUGCUCCCCCAUUUGGGCCACUUGAGCACCCUGAUAUGCAUGGAUGAGCUGAGUUCCAACGAACUGAGCCAGCUCAAUGGGCCCCUCCUGCCUCGGCGAACUAACGAACACGGUGAAAGGAUCUCAGUGCUCACGUUCAGACAAGUGGAAGAGAUUGGCGCAAGUAAUAAUGUGCCCAUCAUACCUCCUAAGCCAGACUCGCUCUACACCAUUUCAUUUACUUCAGGUACUACUGGAACUCCAAAAGGUGUGCUCAUAAAUCACAGUCACAUUGCCGCAGGUAUCACCUUUGCAAUGUCGCUUUUUCGCAUACCGCCCCACAAGCGCGGCCAACAGCUGCAUGAUAUGUGCUUUCUCCCGCUCGCCCAUAUUUUCGAGCGUCAAAUUGCCGGAUAUACGUUGUCUGCUGGCGUGGGCCUAGGAUUCCUCCAUAAAGCGGACCCAGCGGUCUUGGUGGAAGACCUCAAACUUUUGAAACCGGAUUUUUUUUCUCUAGUACCCAGGGUCUUGACCAAGUUCGAAGCCGGUAUAAAAAACACUUUACGAGGUGACAGCACUUCGUUUCUGGCUAAAAACGUUGCACGGAACAUUCUAGACCAGAAGCAGGCAAGAUUUCAGAAUCGUGGAGGACCAGACCAUUCUAUCAUCAAUUCUGUGGUGUUUCACAGGAUUCUGAUUGAUAAAAUUAGAGAAUCCCUUGGGCUUGUCAAUGCUUCCUUUCUAAUAACGGGCUCUGCCCCGAUUGCUAACGACACUUUACUGUUUAUGAAAAGCGCCUUGGAUUGUGGUAUAAGACAAGGUUAUGGACUCACCGAAACCUUUGCCGGUAUAUGUAUCAGCGAGGCUCAUGAAAGAGAUUUUGGAACGUGCGGGAGCAUGGCCAUCACCACAGAGUGUCGUCUCAGAUCAAUACCCGAGAUGGGCUACGACGCAGAACGCGAUCUUAAAGGAGAAGUCCAAUUGCGCGGCCCGCAAAUCUUUUCAGGGUAUUACAAGAACCCAGAGGAGACGCGGAAGGUUCUCAGUAAAGACGGUUGGUUUUCUACCGGUGACGUUGGAUACAUCGACGCUAAGGGACGCCUUACAAUUAUCGACAGGGUCAAGAACUUUUUCAAACUUGCGCAAGGUGAGUACAUCGCGCCUGAAAAGAUUGAAAACUUGUAUUUGUCUUCUUGCCCUUACAUCUCUCAGAUCAUGAUUCAUGGUGAUUCUUUGAAAACAUUUCUCGUGGCAGUCGUUGGAUUCGAUUUUGAUUCCUUCACUUCUGUUUUGCAUCAGUGGAUACCAAGUCUAAAAGGUCUUCAUGGAAACGACCUUGUUCAAGCAUUGAAUCAGAACCGUGAAUAUAGAAAAGAGAUUGUCAAGAUGAUGAAUGGCCAAACUACAGGUCUUCAAGGUUUCGAAAAAGUCAACAACAUAUUUGUCGGCAUCGAGCCUCUAAAAGUUGCUGAAGAUACGAUCACUCCCACAUUCAAGGUUAAAAGGGCUAAAGCCACGAAAAGGUUUCAAGAGGAACUCGGAGUGCUUUACGAAGAAGGGUCACUAAUUAAAGCUGAGAAGCUUUAA